UAAUAUUCCAUCUGUACUGCUCAAUGGAACCUUAUCUUUAAUUCCAGUCCUUGUCGAGAUCAAACUUAAUCACAUCCUUGCUUUCAUCUUGUUGUUUAAAGUCAAACUCGAUCUGGGUCUGGUUGGGCAUUUUGAAGCUGAUUAAUUCUCAAACAAGCAUUAUUGAUGGAUGAAUAUUCGCCCCCUCCGCAUCUUAGGCUUGAUUCUCUCCCAUGUGAAGAAAACCAAGCCGAUGUUGGUGCUGAGGAAACGAAGGAAAAAUCUCUAGAAACAGAUUCUUCAAGAGGAGUUGGCGAUGAAGAGUUCGCUUCAAACGCGAAAGGAGAGACUCAAAAGGAGAAGCGGUACAUAGGGGUGAGGAAGAGGCCGUGGGGAAAGUAUGCAGCCGAGAUAAGAGAUUCAACAAGGAAUGGAGUUCGAGUUUGGCUUGGAACAUUUAGUACUGCGGAAGAGGCAGCUUUGGCUUAUGACCAAGCUGCAUUCGCGAUGCGAGGCCAACUGGCUCGCCUCAACUUCUCGACAAACAGAGUGAAGGAAUCGCUUAUCGACAUCAAGUGCAGCUGUGAGGAUGGAUCUUCUCCAGCUGCAGCUGUGAAGGAGACAAACAAGAGGAGAAUGAAGUUGUUAAAAGGUAAGAGGACUAAGAAAAAGGUUAUUGUGAAGACAGAAGAAGCUAUGUUGGUUUUUGAGGACCUUGGAGCCGAUCUGUUGGAUGAGCUUCUAAGUUCAUCAUCAGAGACUGUUAGUUCAUCAUCUGAUCAGAGUACUAAUAAUAAAGCUUGUACAUAUUGAUUUACAUA